UCUCUUGUAUUUUUACGUAUUUCGUGGCCAUAAGCGCGAUGUAAGUCUCAAAUAACGACAGUUCGAAGACUUAACCUUAAAAUUGUGGCAAAAAACUAACCUAUAAAUUUUUAUGUUUUUUCUUGUUUUUCCUCGGUGUGUAUUUAUUUGUAUUUAAUUAUGUUGUCAAAUGGUGAUACAGAUUUAUGUGACGAAGAAGAUGAAGAUGUUGUCAUUGCCGGAAGCGAGCUGCAUGAAGCUCUGUCCAAAAUGGGAUAUUCGGAUUACGAAGUCGUCUCAGUUCGCACUGAAGAACUAUCAUCCGUCACUGACAAACAUAUUCAGAAGGCAUAUAUUGGCAUUUAUCAAGGUUUAUGCAAAAACGUUUUGCGUGUUUAUCAAUACUUAGUCAAGGAUACCAAAGCAUUGCGAAAACAAUUGACCAGUAUAUCAGAGGCACGGUAUCUCCUCGAUGAUCAUGCAGCAUUGAUUAAAAACCUUUUAGAUGCGAAUCAAAAGAUAGAACCGAGGCCAGCAUAUGGCUUACUAUCUUAUUUGAAAUACGUAGCAGCUACUGUCGCAGGAUACUAUCUUGUAGUAAAGCAUAGUUCGAAUUCGUUAACUUGGCUGGCAACUUUUUCUGCACUUACAGCUGCUCGAUACAAAUAUAUUAACUGGCGAACAAAUCGCGAUUUGAGAAAACUUAUAUCAGAACAAACGGAGCUUUAUUACACUUUCAAAAGGAGUCUGAGAAUCUUGAAUCAGUUUUUCAGAAUUAAUACUGGUGCAAAACAGUCUGGAAUGAAAUUUAACGAUCUUGCUCCAGAGAAAUUGAAACUAUUACAACCUGUAACUGAGGAUACGAUGAAAUCUUUACAAAUUAUAUCCGACUUAUACUACAGGACAACUUUGAAUAUGGUUGAUAUUCUGCCAGAUCCAUAUCGGCGAAAUAUUGAUCUCCAAAUCGCAGGUCUAAACAGAGACAGUUUUGUAAAUAUGGGUGAAGUAACAUAUGGAAGUUUGAAGCAAUUGUUCUACAGAUUCAUUCUUGUUCAGUCAGAGAUGCUGUUAACUUUAGCACAUGUUGGUCACAGCGACCUGUCGGGUGUAUGCGACGAAAUAAAAAGAGCAAUGAAGAUGGAGAAAAUUGUUUCACAGCUUCUCAAAUUUACAGAGAAACACAGAAUAUCAUUGGCAAAAGUAGUCGAUGAAUUUCACAAUUACAGAUCAGUUUCUGUCGAAGAAAAGUACAGGAGAAGUUUUACUGGAUCAAAAUGGCAAGACCUUUAUGUUCGUUUGCACCUCACUUCUCAUAAGAUGCAACACGCCUAUAACAAGUUAACGUCGAUAAUGGAAGAUAUAGAAAACCACCUAGACAGAGGAACUAACGAAUCUGAGCUUCUCGAAGCCUUGCAAAUAAAACUUGACGAUGUGUACAGGGAUGCUGUGAAAGCUAGGGAUCUAGCAGAAUUAAGCACGUUAAUAGUUGUGCGAAUGAAUCAAAAGAAUUACAACCAAGAAAAGGGUAAUGAUAAAAUGUGUGAUGUUUCCAGUGGAACUUUACGAUCGGAUGUUCCAAUAGUCAAAGACACUGAUCCAGAAAUAAUGGACGAAGUUUUUGAAGAAUAUAUCCGUGAAAAUUAUUCAGAUGCUCUGGUAAACUGUAACAUGGAUGAUUAUUUGGAGAAAAGUUCCAAGCUUGAUAAGAUGCUGUCUAGUAAUCUUAUGUCUGAGUUGAAAGAAGUCUUGAUUGAAAAGCAGAAGGAUACUAGGGAACGGGAAUUGCGUGCGAUGGAACGGAUGGGUUAUAAAAUUCCCAAUGAAUCACCCGCUGCUAAUGAUUCAAAACAGGAUCACUCUUCAGAUUCCGACAGCGAAAUGGCGUCUAGAAGUUCUAUUCCUUAUUCAAAAGAAACUUUGGAAGAGAAGGAAAAACUAAUAUCAAAAAGUGAAACAAUUGCGCCUCUUCCGCCACCUCCACCACCCCCUCCUCCUGAUCUGAUGAAACCUAAAUUUCAUCAGCCAAGAGUGGAAAUAAAACCGGAUGGGGCUGAAAAUGAAAAAUCUAGAUGUUUUAUUCCCUUACUGCCCUCUAGGCCGAUUUUGCUGCCCUCAUUCUUAUCUAACGAGGAAGAAACUUUUAUCGGCAGUGGAGAAAAUUCUGACGAAGAUAUCAGUACAAAUGAAUCUGAAGAAAAAUCUGUAAAUACUGGCUUGUAGAUGAUGUUGAUUUUUAACUUUUAUUAAACUUAAAUCUAUUUAAGUAUUUUUCAUCGUGUUGCAAUUAUUUAAGAAACCUGUUGUAAAAAAAAUUGGUCAGUUUCUCCCAAGAAAGGCUAAUUAAACGUUUUAAUAAAAUUCCUAGCAUUGGUAUUUAUUUAGAUAUAUUUUCUCUAGUAUUCUUAUCAAAAUUAUAAAGAUAAAAAAGGGUCAUAUCAAAAGAAUAAAGAUAAUGUGUGAACGGAAUUCAUCAUUUCAAUGA